GCCAAGUGCCUUUCCAAUAGUGCUGGACGACAGCCACACUGGCGGACGAGUAAAAAUCCAAUCUUUUCAUUGUUUCUUGUUUUUUUUUUUGUUUUUCCGUGUCCCCUCUGAAAACUGAUGCAUAUCCAGGUAGGACACCUAGGUAUUGGGACACCACAAUGAGCUCGAGCAGAACGAGGAACGGCCCCACGCUAAAUUUUAAGGCAGUGCUGCUGGGCGAAGCCUUUUAUUGCAGGUUGUGUGGGCAAGACGUCGCUGGUGCUGCGCUACAUGGAAGACCGGUUCAAUGCCCAGCACUUGAGCACUCUGCAGGCCUCCUUUGUGACCCGCAAGCUGUCCCUGGAGGACGGGAGAAGGGCCCAGCUGAAUAUUUGGGACACUGCUGGUCAGGAGCGGUUUCACGCACUCGGACCCAUCUACUACCGAGGCUCUGAUGGCGCCCUUCUCGUCCAUGACAUAACGGACAGAGACUCGUUCCAGAAGGUGAAAUCUUGGGUGCGGGAGCUCCGGCAAAUGCGCGGCACGGAGAUUGCCCUGAUAAUCGUCGGCAACAAGACUGAUUUGGAGGAACAGCGAUCAGUGACGCAUGAUGAGGCCCUUCAAUAUGCGCGCACGGUUGGCGCUCAGUAUGUAGAAACCUCGGCCAAAGAAAACGAGGGCGUGGCAAAUCUCUUCGAGCUCCUGACCCAUCUGAUGCUGGAGCAGCUGAGCCAGCGGCAACCGGAUGCGAGUCCGCUGCGCCUUCAGACUUCGGAUACGGAUACCCUUAACAACUCCGAGGACUCAGAGGCCCCGGAUCCCGGAGAUCCUGCGGGCCAGCGAUCCUGCUGCGGCAUUUAGCCGUCCCCAUUGUGAUAGUAAUCAUACAUAUAAACUAGUAGACCCGUAGCCGAUGUUGAUCUUGUGUACAUAUUAUAAAUUUACUUAUAGCGCGUGUGUUCUGUUAUAAAAUAUCCUUAGUACCAAAUUCACCCCACGUAUUUUUGUUGGUCCCUAUUAUUGAUCUCGAAAGUCCCUAGACAUUUUCUUUUAGCGAUCUCGGCACCUAGCUUUCUUUUCUUUCGAUUUUUUUUCUCUUUCUGUGCGCCCAGCAAUAAAUUAUCAUGUACUUGUACUUGUA